CCUUUUUAGGCUGGGGUAGCCCGCUCCGCCCCUCGUCAGAGGCCCCGCCCCCACGUGACCCCGACGCCGCUCAGGAUUGGCCGCAGUCACAGUUGCCCGGGUGACGGCAGAGCGGCCUGGCCGGCUCGGAGCGCCCCGUGAUCCGCGGCUCCCGGCGUCCCGGCGUUCCCAGCGCGUUCCCGACCCCUGCGGGCCAGGUGCAGGGACUGCUUCAUUUUUGUCUUUUUGUCCUGGGCCGGCGCCAGGCCCGAAGGGAUCCCGACCUCAGCCUCCUCCCAGCUCCCCUUCCUCCUCAUCUCAAAAUAAUCAGGUAUUUCUGUUAUGAGAGCAUCUGUGAGUGUUCAAAAUGGGAGAUAUCCUGGCUUCAGAAGCUGAGUUGCUUGGAUUGGUGAAAGAGUAUUUAGACUUUGCUCAGUUUGAAGACACGGUGAAGACAUUUAUAAAGGAGUGCAGAAGUAAAGGGAAGCCACUGUGCAAAACCCCGGCCAGCGCUCUGAGGGACUCGAAAACGCUGAUCAUCCAGAAAGAUCUCCUCACUGCGUUUGAUAAUGGGGACCAGAAGGUCUUCUUUGGCCUGUGGGAGGAGCACAUCCCCAGCUCCGUGCGCGAAGGAGACACUCUUGCCCAGAAGCUGGAGUUCUACCUCCACAUCCACUUCGCCAUCUUCCCCCUGAAGUGCACCUCCGGGAAGCCUGACAAAGUGGAGUUUGAAGACAGGAUUUCUUACUUCAAAGCCUACCUGGAGACCAAAGGAGCAGCUCUGAGCCAGACCACAGAGUUUCUUCCAUUCUAUGCCCUUCCCUUCGUUCCUAACCCCACAGUGCAUCCUUCCUUUAAGGAACUCUUCCAGGAUUCCUGGGCUCCGGAGUUAAAGAUGAAGCUGGAAACGUUCCUGUCGUCGACUCUCAAAGCCAGUAACACGCCCAGGCUCUUCACUCUCUAUAAGGAGAGUGGGCAGAGCAACAAAGAGAUGCUGCAGCAGCUGCACCAGCAGCUGGUGGAGGCUGAACGCAGGACCAUGACCUACCUCAAGCGCUACAACAAAAUCCAGGCCGACUACCACAACCUCAUCGGUGUCACGGCCGAGCUGGUGGAUUCUCUGGAGGCCACUGUCAACGGCAAGAUGAUCACACCAGAGUAUCUGCAGAGCGUCUGCGUCCGACUCUUCAGCAACCAGAUGAGGCAAAGCUUAGCCCACAGCAUUGACUUCACAAGACCGGGAACGGCAUCCACCAUGUUGCGAGCUUCCUUGGCACCUGUGAAGCUGAAGGAAGUACCCCUGUUGCCGUCCCUGGACUACGAGAAGCUGAAGAAGGACCUGACCUUUGGCCACGACCGGCUGAAGGCCUUCCUGCUGCAGGCGCUGCGGUGGCGCCUGACCACGUCUCACCCUGGAGAGCAGAGGGAGACGGUGCUGCAGGCUUACAUCAGCAACGACCUGCUGGAGUGCCAGAGCAACAGCCAGAGAGGCGUGCUCCAGCUUCUGCACUCCAAGAGCGACGUGGUCCGGCAGUACACGGCGCGGCUCAUCAACGCCUUCGCCUCCCUCGCCGAAGGUCGCCUCUACCUGUCCCAGAACACGAAGCUGCUGAGGAUGCUGGAGGAGAGGCUGAAGGCCGAGGACAAGGACCUGCUCACCCGGGAGAACGUGCUCGGGGCCCUGCAGAAAUUCAGCCUCAGGCGCGCGCUGCAGUCCACCAUGAUCCAGGACGGCCUCAUCUUCUGGCUCAUCGAGGUGCUCAGGGAUCCCGACUGCCUGUCUGACUACACGCUCGAGUACUCCGUGGCCCUGCUCAUGAACCUCUGCCUCCGCAGUGCAGGAAAGAACAUGUGCGCUAAGGUGGCCGGCCUCGUGCUCAAAGUGCUCUCGGAUCUGCUUGGCCACGAGAAUCGCGAGAUCCAGCCCUACGUGAAUGGCGCCUUGUACAGCAUCCUGUCCAUCCCGUCGAUUCGGGAGGAGGCGAGAGCCAUGGGAAUGGAAGAAAUCCUUCGCUGUUUCAUCAAGGAAGGCAAUGCCGAAAUGAUUCGCCAGAUCGAAUUUAUUAUCAAGCAGCUUAAUUCAGAAGAUCCACCGGACAUGAUUCUCGAGUCUGAUGAUGAAGAGGAGGAAGAUGAUGAAGAGGACCACGACACCAUGGAGUCGGACUUGGACAAGGACGAGGUGAUACAGCCCCAGCUCGGGGAGCUCUCCGGGGAGAAGCUGCUGACCUCGGAGUACCUGGGGAUCAUGACCAACUCGGGCAAGGCCAAGCGUGGCGCCCAGUGCCCAGCAGGCGAUGGGCGAGCCCCUGCAGGUGGUGACCCCAGCUGCCACAGAAGCGCGCAGCCACGAGAGCGGGGAGGAGCCGUUGCGCCCAUUUUAGAGAGAAGCAAACCGAGCCUUGGGCCAGAUGAGCUACACGGGUCAGGGGUCGAUGCUGUGCUGGGACCCGAGACCUCGCCCCCUGCCUUUAGUGGCCCAGAGCUCUCUGAGGCCCCCCGGCUGCUGCCCCCCCUCCCCAGGACAGCUCUGGGGCCGCCCGUCCAGCUGCGGUCGGUCUCUGCGUUCUCCCCCGACCCUCGGGCCGGAGUCCGGGCCCCAGAGCAGCAGCGACAGCCCCCUGCCCACGCGAGCGGCUCUCCCCUCCCCCGUGCCCUCCCACGAGCUCGCCACGAGGCCCCCGCGGUGCCCAUGCCCUGCCCUCCCUCGCCCUCACCAGGCCGCCCACCCCUUCGGCCGGUCCUGUGCCCACUCACACGCACCAUGCACCGGGGCCAGCCCCACUCGGGACCUCUGGGGAAACCCCCCGGGGCCUUGUGCCGUUCUGGCCCCUAG